AAAUGUUCUUAAGGGGUGGGAGCUGCCCCGGAUUGCCGAGCUGGCAGGCAGCAGGCAGGAGGCUCCGCUGCUGCCUCCUCUGUUGAAGCGAUGCCCGCACGUUUCCGUGGGAGCCCCGCCACGAGCGGGGCCGGGCUGCGAGCGCACCCCCAGCCCCGCGGGCGGCGGCAGCAGCCCGGGCUGUGACCCCGCUGCCCACCGGAGCCGGAGCCGGCCCGGAGCGAUGGGCUGGCGGGAGCCCAUGUGAUGCUGGGCUGGCGCCGCUCGCUCCCCGCCGCUCUCCCGCUCGCUCGCUCGCUGUCAUGGCGACUCCCAAUAAUGUUACUGCCACCAACUGCAGCUGGUGGCCCAUCUCGGCGCUGGAGAACAGCGCGGGGAAAUCCACCGAGGGGGAGGAAAAUCACGACCCGACGGACCCCGCUCUCAAAUCCCAGGACAGAUUGGUUUUGUACCACUGGACCCAGUCGUUCAGCUCACAAAAGGUGCGGUUGGUGAUCGCAGAGAAGGGGCUGCCCUGCGAGGAGCGGGACGUCAGCAUGCCCCUGAUGGAGCACAAGGAGCCCUGGUUCAUGCGGCUCAACCUGGGCGAGGAGGUGCCCGUCAUCAUCCACAGGGACAACAUCAUCAGCGACUACAACCAGAUCAUCGACUACAUGGAGAAGAACUUCACAGGAGAGAACGUGCCGCAGCUGAUCCCCGAGCCGGGCAGCCCGCUGCACUCGCGGGUGCUGCAGUACCGCGAGCUGCUGGACUCGCUGCCCAUGGACGCCUACACACACGGCUGCAUCCUGCACCCCGAGCUCACCACCGACUCCAUGAUCCCAAAGUACGCCACCACUGAGAUCCGCAGACAUUUAGCUAACGCCACCACGGAUCUGAUGAAGCUGGACCAUGAAGAGGAGCCACAGCUAUCUGAGCCUUACCUCUCCAAGCAGAAGAAGCUCAUGGCCAAGAUCCUGGAGCAUGAUAAUGUGAACUACUUGAAGAAGAUCCUUGGAGAACUUGGGAUGGUGCUAGACCAGAUUGAGGCUGAACUGGAGAAGAGGAAAUUGGAGUACCAAGGGCAGAAGUGUGAACUUUGGCUCUGCGGAUGCGUCUUUACUUUGGCCGAUGUCUUGUUAGGAGCCACCCUGCACCGCCUCAAGUUUCUGGGACUCUCUAAGAAAUACUGGGAAGAUGGCAGCAGGCCUAACCUACAGUCCUUCUUUGACAGGAUACAGAAACGCUUCGCCUUCAGGAAAGUUUUGGGAGACAUACACACCACGCUCCUCUCUGCAGUGGUACCCAAUGCCUUCAGGCUGGUCAAGCGGAAACCUCCCUCCUUCCUUGGAGCCUCCUUCCUGAUGGGAUCUCUGGGGGGAAUGGGAUAUUUUGCUUAUUGGUACUUAAAGAAAAAAUACAUCUAGUGCUGACUGCUUGGUGUUUAGUUUGGUGUCUCUGUGCUGUGUGAAAUUAUGAUGAAGCCUCAGUAACUGUAAUGAAAUUUGAAGCAAGGUAAUGAAUAAUUAUAUUGUUUAAUGUAACAUUCCAUAGUCUAGAAGUAGAAACCUAUACUGCAAGGAAAUAAGACAACAACAACAACAACAACAACAAAAGUGUCAACUUGUAAAUGCCUUUUUUAGAUUUAAGUAUUCAACUCCAGCGAGAGGCUCAAGGGUUCACGGGCUCAGCCGUGCCCGCCGGGAAGCGGCGCUGCCUCCAGCACCAGCCAGCUCCAGUGGGAGAGACAGGAACCCCAGGAGGCUUCCCGACACCCAAGUUGACUAAUGGGACUUGGAUACUCGUUCCUGUGCGUUUGUGUUCCCAAAUUGUUCACUGGCCACAUUUCACACAUGCAGGUAGUGGGGACUUUCUUCUUCUAGAAAGUUGUGUUGUCGUGCUCGGAGGAUUUUCUGGGAGCAGGGUGCAGUAGCUGGUCACAGUCAAGGUGGAUUUCUGUUCUUCAAGUAUCCAUUUUAAAAAUUAUUUUCAUUAAAAGGAAUAUUUUUUAUUGAGCUGCUCUUAGAAUGUAUUCACUUUCUACGUCUGGUUUUGGUGGGCUUUUUUUUAAAGAAUUUAAUGUCUGUCUUUAACUGCCGCACUUUUUUCUUGAGAUAAAUCGUUUUGACUUUCAUCCUGAAUUCUGGCACAUGAAGGAGAUUAUUGUUUUAAGCCUUUUGGCUCUGUCUCUUGAGUUUUCUUUCAUGGAUUUGCAAAGCAUCUUUCACCAACUGAGCAUAUUUGGACUCUGAAAAAGUACAACCAUUUUCAGAACUUUUCAGCACUUUCCUGAAGGCGCUUUGGCUUUCUUCCAUCGGGGGCUCUUCUCUGUCAUUUCCUCGCUGUGUGUUUUCUUAGGGACACUUUGCACAGAAUCACAUUGAUGACUUUCUUGUGCCUUUUGCAUGCUGGAAAGAAUAACGGGCCUCACUGCUACUCAUGCUUUGGAAACUGAGAUCCUCAAUAAACCAUAUGGGAGGAGUAAUGGCUUUGCAUCUCUAAAUGUGUUCCACAUCCUGCUGGUCCUAGUGCAAGGCAUGCCUGAGGGCAGUGGGAUGUGCAGGAGGUUUGUGCUUUGGCUUAUGUACUGCACUGGUAUAAAACUUGCAUGGAAUUAUAUGUAUUCCUCUUCCAACCACUAAUUUCUGUCAGCACUCAGCCUGCUGGCUUUGCAGGCACUCCAGUGAUCCCUGGGAGCCAUGCUGCAUCUUGGGGCUUGGGAACGAAUGCCAAGUGUGGCUGAAAUAACAGGAAUUGCACUUGCUUCUGAUUCAAAAGUUAUCUUUAUGGAUUUGGAAGCAGCAAGCUUCCCCAGGAGCUUUUGAUACAACCUGGCAGCCACAGAAUUGGGAAUAUUUAGCAGGAAUUCCAAGGGAUGAGCACACAGGGAGUGCAAAAAGCACACAUUUAUAGGUUGCUUGUUUGUAAGGCUGGCCUGACAGUCUUCUGGAAUUCAACAGGCUGUGGAGCUGCAGAGGCUCUGUGUUAUCUGUGUAACCCCCCCGUGGUUGGGGCUGCACUUAAAAUUGGUGUGUGAGAACCUCCAUCCACCACCUGCAUGUGCCCACCUGGCUCCUGCAGCUGAGGCUGCUGAGCAGAACCUUGCAGACACACGUUCUCCCAAAUACAUUCAGUGUUUGCUUCGUGGAUCCAGUGACUUCAGAAGAAAUAGUUAUUUUCCUUCUUUUUGAAGAGGGUGCCCUGAGCUCCUCCCUUUUGCUGCAUCUGAAAGGUGUAAGAAAAUGAACUGUGGGUCAUCCUCUCUUUGGUCAGUUAGCUGGUGAUAAACCCCACUGAAAGAUUUAUAAAGAUACACAAACAUGAAACCCUUACCAGGAUUUCACCCUUUUCCCUUUGUUUGUGGUUCUAACACACAUUCCCCAGUGAUCUCCAAAAGCUGAUGAAAUGCACACACCAGGUGUAGAAAGGAAUAUUAAUGGCUACAAGGCCAGGAAACCCAGAGGGAAGGAGAGCAAAUCCUUCCUCCAUUCCUAGGAUUUCAGUCCAAGAAUGAGGCAGAAGGAAGCUGCUUAGCAAGACUGCUGCUGGUUAUUUUGCUCCCUAAUUUUAUUUAUUUUUGUAUUUUAAACCACAGAAUAAAUUUAAGCAUGGAGCAAAUCAGAUCUCUAAACACUGGAGGAAAUAGGUGUGUGUUUUGUUUAGAGCACACUGUUAAAAUGCAGCUGUUACAAGGAAGCCAGGCAGAUCCAGCAGCUGGAAUAAGGCAUGGACAGGAUCUGUCAACAGUGUUGCACUGUGGGCUACUGGGAAGCCACUGAUGCUGUAGUGGUGGAUUUUGUACAGGUUCUCAGCUAGAAAUAGUCAAUAGUAAGCCUUUGUUCUGCACCAAAUUAAAAAGAAAUAAAAAAUAAAAUAAAAUAAAAUAAAAUAAAAUAAAAUAAAAUAAAAUAAAAUAAAAUAAAAUAAAAUAAAAUAAAAUAAAAUAAAAUAAAAUAAAAUAAAAUAAAAUAAAAUAAAAUAAUAAAAUAAGUGCCACUCCCUGCCACUAAGCCUUGUUUUCCUGCCCUGGUAAGGAAAAAGUACCAGGACUUUGCUCCAGGGAAAAGCAAUCGGGGAGAGUGAUAAAGGACAAUUACUGUGGCAGGCAGAGGCUGGAUUGAUGUGUGAGAUCCCUGGAACGAUGUCAGAGCCCGAUCAAUCCCGAUUAGCCUGUUGCUGGAAGCAGCCCUGUGGUCAUUACACGCUGUCAUCAUAAAAAUUUGCUCUUGCUCCAGCUGAUCUCAGCCACAUCAGACCUUUUCUGCCCCAGUUCCAGUGCAGAGGGGAUCCCACUGCACGACCUGCCCAUGAGCCAGGCACUGACCUGUUCACUGCCCAGGGCAUGUUCUGUACACAGAAAUAUGAAAAUAAUGGCAAAAAUCUGUUUUCUCACUCCAGGACUUUAUGCUUUGCUCUCAGCAAGGUGUGGGGUAACAGCAGUGCCCAAGGGGAAAGGCUGGAAGGUGAGGCCCCUCAGAGGUGCUAUUUUAUAUUUUAAACAAGAGGGAAUGGCUCCUGCUGCAGGAUACUCCUGUGGGCCUGACCCAACCUCAGCCAGGGUUCACUCUAGAUGUACUUAUUUACCCUAGCAAAACUUUAUCCUUUGGAAUCCCUGUAUUUUAGAGACAAAUGUGCUUUGAGGCACCUCAAUGCUUUAAAUUCUGUAUCUGCUGAGGUGUGGAACUUCUGAUUAUCAGAGGGAUGAAAAUCAGAGGCUUUAUGUCAGGUCCAAGCACCCCUGAGAUUCAGCUUCAUGACACAGUCUCUCCCUCCUGCCUCCCAAGCCUCCUGUUAAACAGGCUCCCAGUGGUCACAUUUGCAGAGUUACAGCUUCUGAAAUCUUUUUACUCCUACAGGAUUUGCUCCAAAGAUUCGAUUAUGAAAAUUGAAAAUGUACAUGUCAGCCUUACUGCUGGCUAGCAGCAUUCUCCUUUGCUUGGUAAGGGAUGGAGAAGACCUCUCCAUGCAGAAUAAAGGAUUUCAACACCAAGCUGGCCAGAGGACAGGGAACACACCACAGAGCCUCUCACAGCUCGCCAAAGAAAUCCAGGUCAAGAGCUGCCUAAGAAUAUCUAGUGUCCAUUUGGUGGUCCUGCCAGAAAUUAUUUGCCAAGUGUUCUUCUGUUUUUGAAUGAAAAAACCCAUCUUUACCACCCAACUGCAAUUUCAGAAUCCAGGCUACAGAGGGAGGAGGGAUGAUGUAAGAGCUGCUCCUUCCUUUCUGCUGUGAAAGUAAAUGAAGGAUUUCCCCAUGUAACACCAAACAGAAAACAUUAAAGCUUGUGAAAAUAUUUAACAUCAGGUUGUGUUUGGUGGCAUUCACUGCCAUCAUUAGGAUCAAAGCCAAAUGCAGGCAAUGACAGCAAGUAAAUCCCUCAGGCUGCUGAAAGAUAUACGGGAUUAAAAUAAUGUGGGAUAAUAUGAAUAUAGUAUUUUGAGAUGGCUAGGGAUAAUACAAAAUAUGAUAACAUGAGAUUACAAACUAAAAACCCAAAGGAACAGGAAAUUAUGUACGACCUAAGAACCAACCAUUGUAACCCCAAACUUGCAAUUACCUGUGGCAUAGCUGAGGAUAAA